AAGACUUUUGUCCCCAUUAGGCACAAGACAAACCCCGCUAUGGAUAAAGGAUCCUCCAGCAAUGAAUGGGAAAUCGACACCCUCCUCCCAUUGCCGUACCGCAUCAUUCUCCUCUUGAACGUCGGGGUGUGGCUCUGGUACGUGGCCAUCCAAAUCUUCCAAAAAACAAGGAUCAACGCCUUGAGCGUGCUUGGAUUUGACAGUCAUAUCUCGACGAAUGUCGAUUUGCCGCGUGCCUGCCGCCUUAUCGUCUCUCAGGUGACCACAGUCAGUGUGUUGGCCUACACCGCAUACGCCCUUGCCCCUGCCAAAAGCCAGGCUACCAUCUCUAUGAUCGAUUGGGUUCCGUUACUCGCCAUCGGGGCCAUUUUCUACUUUGUUUUCUUCCACGUGAGCACUACGGGCUUUGGGAAGAGACGCUUGCGGUCCACGGCCUCCAGAAUGCUCGCCUUUGGUAUCAACCCGUCCAUUCGUAACAACGAAAUCCUCUUGUCUGACACUUUCACCUCCUACGCCAAGGUCAUCCUUGAUCUUCUUAUUUACGUUUGCCAUUUAUUCAUCGGCACCACCUGUUUCCCUGUGGAUGGAAAGGUCAGCUUGGACAGAACUUACGGCUCAUGGUACGGCAUCGACUCGUUGAUUGUGGCGUAUCCGACCGCCAUUCGCUUGGUACAGUGCCUUCACGAGUACGAGGCGUCGGAUAACACCAACUUAAACCACUUGUACAACGCGAUCAAAUACUCCACCUCGUUCCUCCCCUUGGUUGCGGGCAUUAUGUUGAAAGGAGCCGAAACCGAGGAGGCCAAGAAGUACUACUUCCGGAUGUGGCUUGCCAUGUCCUUGGUCAACUCCUGUUACACGUUCUUCUGGGACGUCACCCACGACUGGAAUUUCAAGUUUUUCAACUACUGGCUCAAGAACGACCGGUCCCAGGGGUUGUUGAGACCCGUAUUGCACUUCGGCGACCGCCAGAUCUACUUCACCGCGAUCGUGGUGGACUUUAUCCUCAGAUUCAUCUGGCUCACCCGGUUAUUGCCGAGUGACUACAGCUCCACCUUUAUGGUUCUCACCUCUCUCUACUCCUCCGAGUACGGCGUGUUUGUGCUAGAGUUGCUUGAGAUUGGCAGACGCUUUAUGUGGAUGCUCAUCAGAGUGGAGACCGAGUGGGUCAAGAUGGAGGCCACCACGUUGGUGAGUGCGGGGGAUAGCUCCAUUUCGCUUCUGGAUCUCACCUCAGCGUAAAUCCAAAGUUUAGACAUGAUACAAGCGUAUAUUAUAAAGACUAGAGACUGCA